AUGCUGUCACGGAAUUCCACGCGCACCGCCCAGCGCCUGCUUCGGGUCGCUGCCCAGCCCCAGCAACGCCUGAACGUUGCCCGCGGCUUCGCGAGCGUCAGCGACGCGCCCUCCCAAACCCUCCAGUCCGACCUUUUCAAGCCCACCAAGUACGGUGGCAAGUACACAGUCACCCUCAUUCCCGGAGACGGCAUUGGCGCCGAGGUUGCCGAGAGCGUGAAGACCAUCUUCAAGGCCGACAAUGUGCCCAUCACAUGGGAGCAGAUCGAGGUGUCGGGUCUCGACACGGCCACGCCGACCGGCCGGACGGAAGAGAAGUUCCAGGAAGCCGUUGCCUCGCUGAGGCGAAACAAGCUCGGCCUGAAGGGCAUUCUGCACACGCCCAUCAGCCGCUCCGGCCACACCAGCUUCAACGUAGCCAUGCGCCAGGAGCUCGAUAUCUACGCCUCCAUCUCGCUGGUCAAGAACAUUCCCGGGCUGAAGACGCGCCACGACGACAUCGACAUGUGCAUCAUCCGUGAGAACACCGAGGGCGAGUAUAGCGGCCUCGAGCACCAGAGCGUGCCGGGCGUUGUCGAGUCGCUCAAGAUCAUCACCCGCGCCAAGUCGGAGCGCAUCGCCAAGUUCGCCUUCAGCUUUGCCCUGGCCAACAACCGCAAGAAGAUUACCUGCAUCCACAAGGCCAACAUCAUGAAGCUGGCCGACGGGCUGUUCCGCGGCACUGUCACCAGGGUCGCGAAGGACUACCCGCAGUUGGAGUGCAAUGACAUGAUCGUCGACAACGCGUCGAUGCAGUGCGUGUCCAAGCCGCAGCAAUUCGACGUGAUGGUCAUGCCGAACCUGUACGGCGGCAUUCUGUCGAACAUUGCCGCCGCGCUGGUCGGCGGCCCCGGUGUGGUGCCCGGCUGCAACAUGGGCCGUGAUGUCGCCGUCUUCGAGCCCGGCUGCCGCCACGUCGGCCUCGACAUCAAGGGCAAGGACCAGGCCAACCCGACUGCGCUCCUCCUCAGCGGCACCAUGCUGCUCCGCCACCUCGGUCUCGACGACCACGCCAACCGCAUUUCCAACGCUGUGUACGAUGUAAUCGCGCAGGGCAAGGUCCGGACUCGCGACAUGGGUGGUGAGGCCACCAACAAGGAGUUCACACGUGCCAUCCUCGACUCGAUGGAGAAGGCUCUCUAG